CGUUGGCCUGCGACCCUGUAAUUGCCUGGGUGAUGUCGUGGGUUCAAGCAGCCUCCUUGGUCCGGGGCCCUGGAGACAAAGGGGACGUGUUUGACGAGGAGGCAGACGAAUCGCUCCUGGCGCAGCGGGAAUGGCAGAGCCACAUGCAGAGACGAGUCAAAGAAGGUUAUAGAGAUGGAAUAGAUGCUGGAAAAGCAGUUGCUCUACAACAGGGCUUCAAUCAAGGUUAUAAGGAAGGCGCAGAAGUCAUUUUAAACUAUGGACGACUCCGAGGAACAUUAAGGAAAUCAACGGAUUGGAGCCUACUGGGCUUGAGAGCCCCGCUGAGGAGCCCGGAGGUUGAGAUGCAACUACGGCUGAAUCCCCUCCGGGUCGCCGGCCACAUGGCGAGCGGGGCUACGCCGAAACAGCCCACGGAGCUCGAGCUCGAGGCAACGCUGCUGAGCCAGGUUCCCCAAAGCGGCCGCGCCACUCCCCGCUUCCCCGCCCGGCUCCGGGCCCCAGGCCCCCGCUUCAGACGCAGACCCCACCGCGACCCUGCAGCAGCCUGCCCCACCUGGCCGCCAGAGGCACCUUCCAACUCCGAAGCACAUUUUUCAACACAUAAUAGAAUCAUUAUCAGAGGUGGACACAUUUAGAAGUUGUUCUUAAUCAGAAGGCAGCUUGUGUUUAGGAAAACCAGCCUCAGUCCUCAGCACUCAGCACCCAGUGCUCCAGGUUUCUCCUGAGUGAAGAUGGACCAGCCCACCUUGGCCCUCCGGCAAGCUGGAACAGUAUGUACACGUCUCUUCAACUAUGAAGAGAAGAUUUGGGAGGAGUAUGAGCAAAUCCUCAAUACCAAACUAGCAGAGCAACACGAGUCGUUUGUGAAAUUCACACAUGAUCAGAUUAUGCGACCAUGUGGGACAAGCCCAACAAACUAUGUGUCUUGAAGCUUUUUGUUGCAGAUCUUGGUACCAGGUUUGACCUCAAGGCACGGUUGCUAUACAUUUUUUGCAACUGUUUGAUAUGACAUUUCAGCUCCAAUUUUGCAUCCUGAGAACAUUCCAACGUUUCUGCAGGUCCACUUUACACGACUUGAAAGACCUUAAAGCUUUCUGGUUGCCAUAAGUAUAUCUUUCUCUUCUGUUCAUCCAAUAAAUAGCCAUACCCUACUGUGACAGAUUUUUCCAAACAAAAACCUGGAGCAGCAGUUUAGCAAAACACACCUUCAGCGGCACUCAACAAAUGGAGUUUCCCCAAGCACAGCUCUGUAAGAGAAGUGUGUGUGAGAGUGUGUGUCUGUAAGCGUAUUUCAGAUUAUGGUUUGUAUUGUGCACAUUUUUUUGAUCUUGGGCAUUCUGGCUGUGGAUUUGAUGCAGAAAAUUAUGGUUAAAAACAUUUAGUCUACAGAAAAUCCUUAAUGUUUUGUGACUAUAUAAAUUGUAACAGUGGAUUGUUUUAUGUGUAGGUAUUAUUGUUAAAUACAGGGACUGUUUCCAGGUGCAAAAUAGGAAUCAUAAAUCAGGAUGCAGGCUGGGUACACAGGCUCAUAUCUGUAAUUCCAGCACUUUGGGAGGAGGCCAAGC